AUGGGAGACGAUAAUUUGAAGCGUGCAUUCCAGGCGUUAUGCAGCGACUACGAAGAGCUACUGGACGAGGCAGCGCAGUAUACGCAGACUGAAGAUGAACGCAUUGGUCUUGCGCUGUUUAAAAUUGAUGAAGCGUGUGCAGCAGCUGAAAUGGUGCGGCAAGACGUGCAGAAGGUUCAAGAGCAGUUGUUGAGCGAACUCUUAAGCAAUUGCCACGAGCUUGAAGAUAUUUUUCUACGUGUAAAUCUUAUUGAACGCUUUGUGGGACGGAUGCUGCAGACCACGCGGGAGCUUGAAAAGCGUAUGGAGAGCGUUGGUCGAGCUGCUGGACCAGUUUUUGAUCCAAGCAGGAGUGUCACCAGUUUACUACGUUCGUUUUCUAUGAAGCGUGGAACACAACAAGAUGCAUCUUCAUUUGACGGUAAGUGGAAUCCCAUAGUAUUUGAGUUUAAUACGAAAGAGCUUCUAGAUCGACUAAAGAAAAGCGAUGCACGAGAUAUUGGGAUAUCUAUUACGUCGUGUCUUUCUGAAGAAACAAAAGAUUAG